UUAAGUGAUGCAUUAACAGUUUGGAGUCGUCAUAUUUCAGAAAUUAAGUAUUACAUUAAUGAUGAAUUUAUCAAUAAAUAUUUUUCAAGCACGCCGUUUUCUGUAGAUAUUUACGAUUUAAAAUUAUGGGUUAUGAGUUUUGCUUCUACUACUCUUUCUAUGUAUUAUGAUGAAACAGUUUCUUCUAUGGUUUCUUAUAUAGAAAGUAAAGUUAGAUGGAAUGAAUUAUAUUUACAUUUAGAUUGGAUCAAUCCUAGCUUAGAAAUUUGUCGUUUUUUUCUAAACAUCAUUAAUCAAAUUGUUUCAUCUCCUUUAUGUCUAAGUAUUUCACGACCAACUGAACCUCAAAUUAAACUAAUCUUAUUGAUAAAAUACUUGGCUGAAUUAAAGGAAUUGAAUGAUAAUUUUGGUGUUAAGAUUACUUUGGAUGAUUAUGAAUUAUCUCAUGAAGACAAAAAUUAUUCAGAGUUGUCAUUCAUAAUUUUAGAUCAAAUACAAAUGAAUACAUUUUCUGAUUUUAUAGCCACAUUUUGGUCAACAUUUACACUUCAGCGGUUCUUAAAUUCUGAUGAAAUUUUAUCUGCUUAUAUUAAAAACAUUGUUAGUCAAGUUGAUUGUUGGUGGUCUUGGGAAGAAAAAGCAACUUUGAUACUUAAUUUCAUAUCCAACAAAGAGAUCAAAUCUGAUUCAGCUUUAAGCAUUUUGAAAGCAGCUAGUAUACCUUGGUCUGAACUUAUGGUUAAACUUUGUGAUGAAACACUUAAUACUGAUUUGAAUACUGCAGCUAUUAAAGAUAUAGUAGAAGUGAAGAAUUUACUUACUAGUAAAUUAAUAUUAAAGAGUUAUAAUUUUUCUUUUACAAAUAUCACACCUAGUAUAAUUAUUAUCGCUGUUCAAAAUAUUUGUUCCCAAAAUCGCUCAACUGUAUUAGAAGACAUAGUUAAAUUGAUUAGUACACAGUCUGUUACUGUUCAACAAGAAGCGUAUGAGAUUUAUAUACAACAUUUGAUUGAAUCUGGCCUUACAGACAAAGCAAUAGAAUCAAUAACAAAUUCUCAGAUAAUUCCUAAUUCAAUGAUACAGAAGAUAUGCACAACAAUUUGGAUUACAUAUAACAGUUUGAGAAAACAUUCAAUUUUUGUUGAAGAAGCAUCCAAGUAUUUUAUUGUACUAAAAUUUUUGGCUAAAAGUCAAUGCUUAGAUAUUCGUCAAGAGUGUCAACAUAGUGCUAAUGGCUUAAUAAACAUUUAUUAUUUAAAGAAUGAGUUUAAAAUUGAAUGUGAUUUAUCUGAAUAUACUAAUGAAGAAAAACUAUUAAAAAAAUGUGUAAAUUCAGUCAUAAAAGAUGAAUGUUUCAAUGAUAUGAAGACUUCUUCUAUACAAGCUAGAUUAUCAAGGUUAUCUAAUUUAUUAUUCCAGUCUUUUGAAAAUGUAGUAGUACAGUUUGUUAAAGAGUCAGCUUUACAAAAAAAUAACGAAAAUAUAUGUAUAUUUGGUCAAUUUAUAAAUAACUUUGGAAAUGUUGGCCCUCAGCUUGCAACUAAAUUAUUAGAAUUAGGAGAACUUUUAGUAUCUACUUAUGAUCCAGUGACUCAAGCUGCAUUUAAAAUACCACUUUGGACAUUGAUUCGACGAAUUACACAAUUAGUUACCGUUAAUAGUCAAUCAAGUUUGUUAACCAGAGCUGUUGAAUUAAGUCAAUGGGUUGAACCCUUUUAUUUAACUUGUGGAGAUGUGGUGAAUACUGAUAAUAUAGAACUUGGAUUAGCAUAUUCUUGGAGGAACGGAAUUAUUGACAAAAAUUCUAUACACAUAGAAUUUUUUGAACAAUUUAAACUUUAUAGUUCAUUUUUAAAUUUUUAUAAUCCAACAUCUUCAUUAUACUGCUACAAGAAAAUAGAUGUUAAAGAUUCAUAUGAUAGCAUUCUAUCACCAGAUAUAAUAAUGUCUUCGUUAGAAUAUUUCCAAGGUCAGAAUCUUAUUGGUCUUCACAUAACUGUAACACAAAUAAUGUGUUUAUAUCGUGCUAUUCUUAAAAAUCAGCAAACAUUAGAACCAGAAUUAACUAUUAAAGGAAGUAAUUUAAUAAAAAGUAAUGUCAGGCAAAUAUUAAAAAGUGUUACUUAUGCUCGAAACUUGGAUAUGGAUCUAGGGUUAGGUCUUUUAAAUACACUCAAACCACAUGAUGCUUUUAAUUGGAUUGAAGAUGCUUUGAAUAAUGUGGGGAUGAACUAUCAAAAAUUAACAAAUAUUACAGAUUUAGGAUUAGUUUACUUACAAUUAAAUAUUGAUACUGCUGGUGAUUUAUAUGAAACUCUUAAAUCGACAAAAAAUAAAUGUAUUUGGGGUAAAAAAUUGAUGAAGUAUGGAUUUGCAUUUAAAGAUGCAUUUUACAGUUCAGAAUUAGAUCAACGGCAUUUACUACAGAAAAUGAUAAGAUCUCCUAUCAUAACAUUAAAUGUUUUAGYAGACUAUUGCGCAGAUACACAUUUUGAUUUACAACAAACUGCCAAAUUAUUUUUAGAAAGUUGUUUAAUUCAAUGGGAACCAUACACGCCUGGGGAAAACGAAGAGAAGACAUUUGAUUGGAUAGCUAAAAUAAUUGAAGACAAAGAUGCCUUAUUAAAAAAAUGUGAAGACAUUUUCUGUGUUAUUACAGAAAAAACUGAUAUUUUAGAUUUUCUUUGGAAUCAUGUUUGGGAACAAGUGAAUAUUUAUUAYUAUGAAGUAUUUUUAGUAAUAAUGGGUUUAAUUGAAAAAUAUGAUGUAAAUGCAAUUUUAAAAUUUCCUGUUCAAAAAGAAAUUUUAUUAUUUUUGAUGCAAUACAAACGAGUAAGUUUACCUGAAGAACACGAACAAGAAAUAUGGUUUGCAAUGUUCCAAGAAUCACAAUCAUUACCUCCUAUUUCUAAAUAUCGUUUACCUUAUGUUCCACUUGCAAAUAAAAAAAAAAAAAUUGGCCAUCGUGAAAUUCUGGCUUGGAAAAUCAUAAAACCAGAAUUAACAUUUUUAACAUACAAUAAAUGGUUUUCAAUAAUUGAAGCAAUUGGAAUGGACAAAGACACAUUAUGUAUUUUUACUGUAAAGAAUAUGGUUAAUGAGGUAGCUACUAAGGAUAAAAAUGUUGAAUGGUAUUUACAUAUGCGCUUGGAAUCAUUGCUCAGAGAUAUUCAAGAAGUGUUGAGCAAUGUAAAGAAUUUAGAAAUAGUUGCUGCCUCACUAUACUUUGUAGUCAAUAGUUUACCCUUAGGUGCGGAUCAGUUGGCAGCUGCUAAAAUUAGUCAUUUACAAGCUCAAGAAUGGGUAAAAUUAGAAAAUUCAGAAAAUGCCAAGUCUGGUAUUACAAAAGUUGUUACAAAAUAUGUAUUAAUAACAACUAAACAUAUUCUUCACAUGUAUGGUUUUGGAAAAACAAAGUAUUUACAAUUAGCAUUGCAACCUAAUGAAUUAAUUCGAGAAUUGUAUAAUGAUCCAAUAAUACUUAAAAGACAUACAGGUGAAAUAAAGUUGUUUCCUGACAUUAAUGGUGCAGUAGAUGCAAUUGUAGAAGUUCAUGGUAAAGGAGACUUGGCUCUUAAAGUAGAUCUUCUAAAAGAGUGGCUACAACCCUCAUCAUUGGGAUCAAUGGAUUCCCCUGAUAAAAGUUUAAUGUCAACAACUAAUUCAUUUUAUGUAUCUCAAGAAAAUUCAACAAUCAGUGAAGGUGUUUUAAGAGCAUGCUAUUUAUUAGAAAAUGAUACACCAGCGUACAAUUUACAUAAUUUCCUUAUAUGCCAAGCUUAUAAUGAAGAUGACAAUGAUUCUAUGUGCCCAACAAGUGUGCGACUAAGAGCAUUGCAAUGUUUGUGUUUGGUAACAACUGAAAAUAUCGAAGAAAUUACUUGUCGUUCAAAAGAAAUGAUGAAAAAUAAUUUGGUUGAAUUAUCAAUUAUUACUGAAUUGGAAACUCUUGGAAUCAAUUUUUCCCCAGUAAGAUACCGUGGAUGUGAUAAAUCCAAACUAGUCCAAUCGUUGUUGGCAAGAAGAUCACUAAGUUCCACUAAAUUAGCUUCACAUUUAUGUGUUUUAUAUUCAGAUGCCAUGAACCCUAGUAUUUGGGAUUUAUUACUUACUAGAUUAAUUCAUUUUACAAUGAUUAUUGAAUUGGAAAAAGUACUUAACCAUUUGAUGGAUAAAUGGCAUAAGUUGACAUUUGAAAUCGUAGAAAAAGCCUGGAACGUUUUUCUAAGAUCUUCAUUUAAUAGUGCUAAAGAUUCUUAUGAAGUUAUACAUUGUGUCAAGUUAGUUUUCAGUUGUCCAGUCAUAGAUAGCAUUGAUGUAAAAGAAAUGAUUGAACAUUGUCAGCGAUUUCAACUUCAUGAAUAUGUACAAAAGUUGAAGCGCUUGAGUUAAAAUUUUUUAAUUUAGAUAUGUAAAUAAAUAAGUUUUAGUUUAAUUUUUAUACCAAUCUAAAACUA